AUGCAGAAGCCUAUUCUCUGUCUCACCGCCAACAUCCUUGUGCUCUUUGUCUCAGUUGCAGCUCAGCCAGGAUUCCUCAAUAUUGACUGUGGCGGGAGAAAGAAUUCGACAGACCCAGAGACGAAUAUUACCUGGAUUGUGGACGCCAACUAUGUAGAUGUUGGCCAAACAGUAAAUUUCUCUGUCCCAAAUACACCAUUCCACAUGCAAUCUAUGCGUCUUUUCCCAAAACCUCUAAAUAAGUCUUGUUACCGGCUGCCUGUGAAUCCGAACGUCAACUAUCUCUUAAGGCUUUGGUUUCUUUUUGAUUACUAUGAUCAAUCCACUAAUCUUCCGAGCUUUAAUGUCUCCUUCGAGACGGAAGGACUGCUUACUCAAAAGAUUCAGGCAAUUAAAUCUGCGCAAGAUAUAGAGUGGACAAGUGAAAAGAUCUUGAGGAGUCCUAACGGGGUUCUUUACGUUUGCUUGAUUCGAACUUCCGAUGACAGCGAUCCUUUCGUCUCUGCAAUCCAGUUGCGAAGUCUCUUGAGUGGGAUGUACGCUCUGUAUCCUCAGGAUGAAUUUGAUCGCUUUUGGACGACAGAAAAAGGUGUAGAUUUAGAUAACAACACUCUACCAAUAUUAUCCAGCCGUUCAGUGAAUUUCAACGAUAAAAAUAACAGCAGCAAUGUUCCUCCAACCUUUGUAUUGCAGUCAGCGCUAACUGUAAAACCCUCUACAGAGCCUUUGGUUUUCGGUCUGGAAAGGCAAUACAUUAAAAUUUUAGUUGUACUAUACUUUGCAGAGAUCGAGGUCCUAAAUUCUUCUGAAUAUAGAAAAUUCAAAAUUCUGAUAAAUAAUAUAGCAGUUAGCAAUAUAACCUUGGACGUGAAAAAUAAUAUUGUACAAGUGCCACUGACAUACGACAGAGGAGCAGGUAGAGUUUUCUCUGCAGACUAUCCAAGAUGA